UCAAACGAUUGUCUGUGCGCCUCUCUGACAGCAUUACGGUACCGGCGCUGUGCAUUGUGGGACACAGAGUAAGAUGGAAGCGUCCACUGAGAGCAUGUUGAAGCUUCAAUAACACACGUUUUAAGUGUGAUAUUCCCGCAUACGGCUAUCAUUUAUGCUUUUCUGUAACAAUAACGAAAGGUUAAAGAGGCAGGAGAUCGCUGCAGGACGUGGAAACUGAAAACAUGUCUGUACUGGGAGGGUUACUGAGGGCUGGAGCGUCCUUCUGUCAGACAGCUGGGACUCUGCUGCACACAGCCAGGACCUUCUCUACUGGCACAUGCUCUCAGAUCCGGAUGCAUGCCAUCCCAGAGCUGAAAAAGGUGGACCGGUGGACGGAGAAGAGGAGCAUGUACGGGGUUUAUGAUAACAUAGGCAUCCUAGGAGACUUCAAAGCUCAUCCCAAAGACUUCAUCAUAGCUCCCUGCUGGGUGAAGGCCUUCAGAGGCAACGAGCUGCAGCGGCUCACCAGGAAGAAGAGGAUGGUGGGAGACAGAAUGAUGACUCAGGACAAACUGCACCUGGAGAAGAGGGUCCGCUUACUCUACAGACGCUACAACCGCACCGGCAAAUACCGUUAAGGCUGAAACCAACAAUAGUGGCAAAGACAUCCGAGCAGCCUGUAAGAACUGAUGGAGAACAGCUGUGGGAUGUCAUGCCGUAAACGUUUCGUGUAUUGCCAUUUUUCUAUGUUGUUAUCUUUACGUAGAGAGAAGAUUUGUAGGUUCUUCUUCUAUGUCUUUCUGUUUAUUGAUGAUUUUCCUGACCAACACAAAAUGCAUAAUAUAAAAGCCUCAAAUUGACCAUUUAAAAAAAGGCCUUGUUUAUUUGUUUUUCUCACCAGCAAAUGCCCUUUGCUUUCUGAAGACAACAGACUGGUUGCUUUUUCUGCUGUAGCUUCAAACUGAUGUUGGUCUUUACAUUUCUAUUAAAAAAUAGACAACAAACAUCAACACACAGAGUUCAAAGGUCAGCAAAGGAGCUCAGGAUUUCCAUUAAACUAAUAAAUAAAUGGUGGGUUUUAUUUGUUACAAGACAA